AUGGCAGAGAGCAACGACUGGAGAUGGGAUGACGAAGACGAGGGUGAUCAAGAAAUCGACGAAACCUCAUACAAAGCGCAAAAAGAUGCCGUUUUGCUGGCGAUUGAGGUCAGCGAGUCAAUGCUCAAGGCACCCCCGCCUUCAGACUCCAAGAAAGCAGACCGCGAUAGCCCCGUUCAGGCCGCUUUGAAGUGCGCAUACCACUUUGUGGAGCAGCGCAUCAUAUCCAAUCCGAAGGACAUGAUUGGCAUAUUGCUCUUUGGCACCGAAAAGACCAGAUUUCAACUCGAUGAGAGCGGAAAGAGCGGAUUGGGCUACCCCCACUGUUAUCUCUUUACCGAUCUGGAUGUACCAUCUGCAGACGACGUCAAAGCCCUGAAGUCGCUUGUCGAAGACGAAGAGACUGAAGACGAUAUUCUCAAACCGACCCCUGAGACUGUCUCCAUGUCAAACGUAUUAUUCUGCGCCAACCAGAUUUUCACAACGCGAGCUGCCAACUUUGGAAGUCGGCGCUUGUUUCUGGUCACCGACAACGACAACCCGCACUCAACAGACAAGGCCGCCAGAUCAGCUGCUGCUGUGCGCGCAAAAGACUUGUAUGAUUUGGGCGUGUCAAUAGACUUGUUCCCCAUUUCGCAUCAAGACUCCAAAUUUGAUCUGAGCAAGUUCUACGACGACAUUCUAUAUCGUGACCCGUUGGCCGAAGCCAAUCCCCAAGAAGUCGCUGUCUCCAAGUCUGGGGACGGGCUUAAUCUGCUUACUUCCCUCAUCUCAAACAUCAACUUAAAACAAACUCCAAAGCGAUCGCUGUUUUCAAAUCUGCCAUUGGAGAUUGCGCCUGGUCUGCGAAUUUCUGUCAAGGGAUACAACAUUAUUCACAGACAAGCCCCGGCAAGAACCUGCUAUAUAUGGCUGGAUGGCGAAAAACCGCAGCUGGCAAUGGGUGAAACAACACGAAUCGCGGAAGACAGCACACGUACAGUCGAGAAGGGCGAAAUAAAGAAGGCCUAUAAGUUUGGCGGCGAAUAUGUGUACUUCUCCCCCGAGGAGCAGAAGAGCCUCAAGGACUUUGGUAGCCCCAUCAUCCGCAUCAUUGGCUUUAAAUCUCGCCGCGCAAUCCCGCUCUGGAGCAGUGUCAAGAAAUCCACAUUCAUCUAUCCGAGCGAAGAGGAUUACGUCGGCUCUACGCGUGUUUUCACAGCGCUGUGGCAAAAGUUGCUAAAAGACGACAAGGUCGCUCUUGCGUGGUGUAUCGUACGAUCUAACGCGAAUCCGAUACUAUCCGCUAUCAUUCCCUCAAAGUCACAAUCAGACGAAGACUCCGGAACACCAUUCCUGCCCGCUGGACUCUGGCUGUACCCCCUUCCUUUUGCGGAUGAUCUCAGAGACAUCAAAGCUCCUGGCAAGCUGGCGCAGGCGUCGGAUGAUCUCAAGACUCAAAUGCGCACAAUCAUUCAACAGCUACAGCUGCCCAAGGCAAUGUACAACCCAACCAAGUACCCCAACCCAUCGCUUCAAUGGCACUACAAAAUCCUGCAGGCACUUGCUCUCGAAGAGGAAGUGCCAGAAACAGCUGAAGACGCCACCCUGCCCAAGUUCAAGGCUAUUAGCAAACGGGCUGGUGGCUAUCUCGAAGAGUGGUCAGAGACUCUCUCCAGCGAGGCAAAAUCAGCCACGGCAGAAAGAGCAGUCAAGAGAGAGAUUGAUGACGAGCUGCCAGAACGGCCAGCCAAGCGUGGAAGGACGGCCUCUGCCCAACCAAGCGGACCUGGUCUGACGCCUGCACAGCUGAAAGCUGCCGUAGACGACGGAUCAAUCUCGAAAAUGACGGUUGUUCAACUGAAAGACAUCGCCGGAGCAAAGGGCCUGAGUACCAGUGGCAGAAAAGCUGAUAUAAUAGAGAGGAUAGAGCAAUGGAUAGAAGAGAACUGA